AUGCCCCAGCGCCCGAGCAUGGUGCCCUUCCUCAUCGAGAAGGAGGGCCGCAGCGAGGUCGACAUGGCGCCGGCCACCGAGUGUCUUACGCCCAAGGAAGCGCCGUCGCCAUCCUCGGCGGCAACGACGUCGCGCCCAUGGCACUGGGUCCAUACCCAGCUGACGCAGAAGGUCCUGUACGUCAUCCUCUUUUGCCUCUCGACCUUCUUAAGCUCAUCGAUCGCCUGCGGCUGGGUCGCCAACGCGGUCCAUCGCCCGACGUCGACGCCCUUCUCGCUCGCGCGAGCCCAAGCCAUCCUCGAGGCCCACGGAACGGCGUACGACGAGUGCAUCCAGGACGCACUCGCCCACGAGAUGCUCGCUCUCGUCGCGACAUGGAGCCACGAGCAAGAGGUUGUCGCGAGCAUCGCAGCUGCCAACGAGGUGGCGAUCCUCGCUUUGGCGAAUGCGACCUCGGCCUGCAAAGCGACCCUUGUCGAGCUGCAAGACACGUUUCUUCUAUCGUCGUCGGGCAGCGUGCUCUGCUCGCCCGAUGACCAACUGGCCCUCGAGACGCUGCAGAACGCGUAUUCGCUUACGCAGCCGCCGACGACCAAUCGUGUCUUGAUUCGCUUCUCCAACGCCCAAGCCCUAGCCGACGCCACAGCGCUGAACCGGACGCUCACAAAGUUUCAAGAAAGUAUGAACGCAGACGCGCUUGCUCUUCGCGACGUUGUCUCGGCCGGUGCAUCGUCGCUCCAAACCAACAUCGACAAGACCCACGCGGCCGUUCUCACGCUCCAGAGCCAGUGGUCGACAGCGACAAGCGACACGGUUGAUAUCCACGGCGUUCUCAGCUCGCUCCAAGGCGCCAAGGCUUCCGCGGCCGCCAUCGAAGCCGUCCUCGCCAAGGCCAAGCCAGCGCUGGCCGCGGUCGGAAUCGUCCUUCCGCCAAUUCGCAUUGCGCUGGACCUGGAGACGUCCAUGACGCAACUCCUUCUCUUUGGCUCCAUGAUGAACCGAUCGAUUGCGGCGGUUGCGGACGCGCAAGAGGCGACGCAAGCGGACGCACGCGCGUGGGUCGCAGGACUUGGCAACGCCAUAAACGAUGCCAACGCUACGACCGCCAACUUUGCAUCGCAGGUCGCGCGGUACACAACGCCCAACGCCUCGUCGUCGUUGCACCGGGCGACCUUUGGCAACUGGACACUGCGAGAUGCGCUGCUUAGAGAGCGAGGUGGCGCUGUCGUCGACACGUAUCCGGCGUG